CUCUCUCUGCUCCCUCCCCCGGGCUGCAGAAGUAGUAGGAGGUUAACGUGACUGUAAGAGCUGUUCUUUAAAAUAGCACGGCGGGCUGAACUCACACACUCAGACACACUCACAGCAGAGAAAUCGUACUGAAACAAAAGGUCACUGUUGUCAAUCCCUCUGGAUUUCUAUAGGAUCUGGGACAUUAAACAAUUUCAAGAGGGAAAUAUCAGAGACAGGUGUAGGACUGUAAAGGAAGGUACCUGGACUCACAGCGGAGAUGGAUGCAGGCCCGUUGGCUUCAGUGGCCGAGGGCUCUCCGGAAGGGGAGACUGUGUGUGCCGCUUUGGCCCGCUAUGAAACCACACUGCGGGAUGCUGUGCGGGAGAUCCAUGUGGACAUCAGCGCUUUCAAGCUGGGCAUCGAGCGGAGACUAGAAGAGGCCAUUAAUGUGAGCGGACCUCUGGGCCGGGCCGUGGCACAGCUGCAGCAGGAGAACCGGCAGCUCAGGGGCCAGUUAGAGGCCCUGACCCGCCAGGUAGAGAUGCUUACGGGGUCGGUGUGUGACAGAAGCACAUUUCUCACUGAAGGAUCGGCGCCACCACAGAGCAACAGCAGCACCGCGGGGCAUCAGUCAUCACUGUCUGCGGCCCCCAACAUAGCAGCUCUGACCGGCUCUGCUUCCAGCCCCACCACCACACGCUUCUCCAGCAGAGCCACCUUCUCCGUCACCAGCAAGACUAAUAGUAUUGAGCGAGAUGAACCCAUUGAAGUGGAUCCAGCACCAAUUUCCCAUGGCUUGGAGAAUGGACACAUAUGCUCAACAGAAAACUCCAUUGAGCCUUUGAGGAGAAGCUCACCCUCCAACGGUGUGUCACAAGAGCACUCAGCCCCUGUUUCCAUGGCGAUGCCACACCUGCCCAUCACAGCAACCACCAAAGUGGCUGACUCUGCAGUUAUGAAAAGUCCUGAGUCACCUGGUAGCCCGAUGCAAGCGAUGCCGUCAGCCAUAACAGAUUCACUGACAAGCAGUCAGCUGGUCACCAAUGAUAACCAGCCACAACUAGAGUCUCCUGCUCAUGCAGUAUCGUCUGUGAAAACAUGGGCUCCGACUCCUGCCAGGACUAUGGGCUCUCCACGGCUUAGCGAGAAAGCAUCUUCGGCUCCAGCCAAGUCAGUGACUUACUCUGGGCUUUUUCCACACAGUACAGACAGGAAUGUGGAUAUGUCAGAAGAUUUAUCCUUCGGUAAAGGUAUUGAGCGCAGACGGGAGCUUGUGAGGUCCCAGACUUUACCUCGAAACAUUGGAGCCCAGGCUUGCAGGUCCAUCUUUGAGAGGCUGGACUCUGAGAACAACAGUCGACCCAAGCCUGUGGAUUCCAAACCAAAGCUGAAACGUUCUCAGAGCUUUGGAGUGUCCAGUGCUAGCAGUAUCAAGCAGAUUCUUCUGGAAUGGUGUCGAUCCAAAACCAUUGGGUACCAGAACAUCGACAUCCAAAACUUCUCAUCCAGCUGGAGUGACGGCAUGGCAUUCUGCGCCCUGGUCCACUCUUUCUUCCCCACAGAGUUUGACUACAACGUCCUGUCCCCUGCCGACCGCAAACAUAACUUUGAGCUGGCAUUCAGCACUGCAGAGGAGAAAGCGGGCUGCGAUAGACUCAUUGAAGUGGAGGACAUGAUGGUGAUGGGAAGAAAGCCAGACCCCAUGUGUGUCUUUACUUACGUCCAGUCACUAUAUAACCACUUGCGCAAGUUUGAGUGAGAUCUCGGCCUCUUGGGCCCCUGCUGAACCCUCUGCACUGCCCCCUGCGGGACAAAACUGAACUCUGAUAUAGUCACUAUGGCAUGGGGCUGCAAAAUGUCCAGGGGAACCCACACCAUUUCAGUUGCAUUUUAGUCAAGAAAAGAUCAUUGACAUGGUUUUUGUAUAAGUCACGCUCUUUUAGAAAUGGUGGCCUUUUUAGAAAUGUAUUACUAAACAGAUUGAAUUUAAAGGAAUAUUUCACCCAAAAACAAAAA